AUGACAAGCCCAAGUGAUGUGAAAGAAGAAAGUUCAUCGGAAGCUAUGCCACUUCCAGAUGCUCAGAAAGUGGAGGAUGGUGUCAACUUGCCUCAACUGAAAAGACAAAAGUUAAGCAUACCUGAGGGAAUGUCCAAGAAUCAAUGGAAGAAACUCCAAAAACAAAAACAGAGGGAAGAAACAAAAGAUGAAUAUAGAGCCAAAAGGAGAGAAAAAAGAAAAGUACUUAACCAAAGAAAAAAGGAAAAGCUCAAGGAUGCAGUGUCUACUGACAAGAAGCCAAAACUUCCCGAAUCACAGAAACCAACCGAAAUUAACAUAAUAAUGGACUGUGAAUUUGAUGAUUUGAUGAAUAAUAGAGAAAUAGUGUCUUUAUCUAAUCAGAUAGCGAGGUGCUAUUCUGCCAUGCGUCACAGUGACUAUAAGAUCGGCUUGGUCAUAAAUUCAUUAAACAAAAGUUUAAAACAUCGGUUUGAACAAGAUCUUGCACAAUAUAAAAACUGGACAGAUAUACAAUUCAACUUCAACGAUACGUUAAAAGAUAUUCUCCCAAAGGAUCCCGAAGAGUUAUCUAAAUAUGUUUAUUUCACGGCGGAUUGCGAAGAGGUCGUUACAGAGCUUAAACCAGGGUAUACGUAUAUCAUUGGUGGCAUAGUGGACAAGAACAGACACAAGAAUAUAUGCGCUAAAAAAGCAAAGGAGUUGGGAUUGCAAGUUGGGAAGCUUCCUAUAAGUGAGUACAUUCAGCUUAACAGCAGACACGUUUUGGCUACUUCACAUGUCUUCGAGUUAUGCUGCAAAUGGUUUGAAAAUGGAAAAGAUUGGAGAAAGGCCUUCAAUGAGGUGUUACCGCCGCGCAAAGUUAAAAAAUCGCUAGAGAAAUCAGAGAACCUCAAUCCUACUGAAGAAUCCCCCGGACUCACAGAAGAAUGUAGCCAAAAGAUGUAG